GUCGUUCAUUCAGCUUGUCACACGCACAGCUCGCCGCUGGACUCGGCUGGACUCGGACUCAAUAUGGCGGAGAACAGUAUGAAUCAAGAGGGCUUGACUCUCGAGGAGACCAACAAGAUGCGUAUCAAACUUGGUCUCAAGCCUAUAGGUGCGGAGGCUGAAGAUGGGGAGGAACCGCCAGUGGACGAGGACGAAGUUGCAGAAGCCAACUUUGCCCAGAGGAAACAGGAGAUGAAGAAGGCGAAAGAGGAGAGUGAUCUGAAGGAGAGGAUAGCAAAAGCCCGGAAUCAACGCGACCUCAAUGCCAAAUUAAAAGGCUCGACUCUUGGAGAUGUUUCCAAUGAUGAUGGUUUAGACGCCAAGGCCUGGUUAAAGAAGCAGAAGAAGAGAGCCAAGCAGCGUGAAAAUGAGCUAGCGGCGAGAAGGGCUAGAGAACAGGAAGAACUCGACAAGGCUGCGUAUGGAGAAGAGGAUCUGGCAGGAUUAAAAGUUGGACACGGGGCUGCAGACUUUGAGGCUGGGGAGGAUGUCAUUUUGACCUUGAAGGACAGUCGGGUCUUGGCUGGAGAAGAGGAUGAACUACAGAAUAUCCACAUGGUCGAGAAUGAGGCUCUGGCAGCUGUUCGAGAACGUAAACGCAAAGCUCAGGCACAAUACACGGGCUUCGAUGAUGAAGAGUUCGACGAGGACAGGAUCGGCAAAAAAGCAGAUAUACUGUCGAAAUACGAUGACGAGUAUGCUACGGGCAAGAUUAAGAGCGAAGGGUUUAGGCUGGGAGUGGCAUCGGAGAAGAAGCCGGAAAUGGAGGAUGAGGAUCAGGAAAUGAUCACGCUGGGUCAUGCGCCAGCGACAAAGGUCAAAUUAAACUUGGACUUUACAAAGGACUUUGAGGUGUCUGAUUAUAUGAAAGAGGGGGACAAAGGCUUCAAGCAGCGAAAAAAAAAGCGGUCAAAGCCAUCUGGGAGACGUGUAGAAGCAGAAGAAGCGGACGAUAUGCAGGUCGACGGGCCCACUUUCGAACGGAGAAGAGUGGAUGAUGGGCCCCAAAACCUGGUCGAUGACGAUGACAUUCAGGCGGCAUUGUCCAGGGCCAGGAGGGCAAAUGCCAAGACGAAGCCAAAAGUCAAGGCGGAGGAUAUCGCUGCGCAAGGUGAGAGCAGUUUAGGCUCACACGCUCACGACUUAGUCGCUGCUCGGAGAGACGAGGACGACGCUCCUCAGGGAGAUGAAGAUGGUCGAAUCACCUUUGACGAUACAUCGGAAUUCGUCCGUAAUGUCACAGCAGAAUCCCGGAUAGCAGCUGUGAAGAAGGAGCGGGCAGCCACUCCGCCGACGAACGGAGCCAGUCAUGAACCUGUUGUGGUAAAGAUUGAGCGUGAUGAGGAUGGUGACCAAGCUAUCGACUCUGAUUCGGAGGAUGAAGACGAGGUGUUGGCAGAGAUGGCGGCGAGGGAGAACAUGUCGAUCGAAGAAUAUCGACUAAAGAUGGAUCAACAAAUGCAGGAGGUGGCGGAGAUACAGGCCAACGGGGAUGGAGAGGCAUCCGAUGAACCCGCCGUCACAGGCAAUGGUCUUGCCGGUAUCUUGUCCAUGCUAAGGAACCAAGGAGCUCUCAAGAAAGCUGGCGAGGCGGAUGAAGAGCGCGAGCGGGUGCAGAAGCAAAAGGAUCUCUGGUUGGCAGAUUACCGCCGUCGAAUGGCUCAGCGUGAGAUGGAGCGUAUACAAGCAAGAGGAGGUAACAAGGACCAAGCACAACGUGAAUGGGAAGCUAGGGUAAGGGAACAAAACGAAGCGAGGGAUGCGUUGGAGCUGUACAAGAACUACAAGCCGGAUAUCAAUAUCGUCUAUCACGACGAGUUUGGAAGACAAAUGACUCCCAAGGAAGCUUGGAAAUCGCUAUCACAUAAAUUCCAUGGCAAAACAUCUGGUCGCAUGAAGACCGAAAAGCGAUUAAAACGAAUCGCCGAAGAGCGCAAGCAGGCCACCAUGGGUGCAAGCGACACGCCGUUAGGCAUGUCGGAUGCGUUCUCGAAGAGACAGCACAAGACUGGUCUCGCUCAUAUGGUUUUGACGACAGGCAACAGGCAGGCUGUUCAAGCUGGUGAAUCGAAACCGAAGAUCAGGCGGUAG